UACCCAUUACCGCGGUUUUCUCACCAUCCCCCGUGUUAUCAUUGGAUAUUACUUCUAAACACAGUACAAGGAUCUGGCAUGCUGUAGAAGCACCGAAGAUGCUCGUUUACUCAUUGCGGCCUCGUGUGCCAGCAUGCUGCCAUAAAUUCCCAAGGCUUUGUCCGUCCUAACAUCGCAGCUCUCAAACAUAUCUGUCACGAUGCGGCCAUUCAACAUGUUCAAGGCAUUCGGGGGCUCUUCUCGCAAUCCAAAUAAUCAUCGCCCUGAUCGCGCAGUCUACAAUGACUACAGCGAGGAAUUUCCAAAACCCGAUUAUCAUCAACCCAUUCCUCAACCACAACUGAGAAGGCAUGAGACACUGCUAAGAAAAAGGAUGGAGCCAGUAUUCACUCCUGUUCCAUCACGUGCACCUACUGACGGAGAUGAAUACUACGAUGGCUACGUUCGGGUGGACAACCCUCAGACUAUCCUAGGGGGAACUCUCAACGCCCGCCCCACAAGGCCAGAAAAUCCGUUGAGCCCUGUUCCGUCCGUCGAGCGAGACGAUGGCGACAGUCGAUUUUCAGAAACAUUUUCUGAGCAAGGACAUAUUAUACAUAGCUCCCCAAGGAUGCCAGAUCAGCCUGCAUCUCUACAUCGCCAUAUGCGAGAUGGAGCCACUCGGGCUGAUUCUUUUAGCCACGGCAACGUUUCGGGUCGUCACAUGCCUGACGACCCUGCUAUCACCCACAUCAACAGAUCUAAUGACUCAGGAAGCGAUCAUACUGUUGAGGCGCCCAGGACGCCAAUGUCUAGUCACUCUCAUGCGAGAACGGCUUCUAUACACACUCCCGGUGGUUACCCGGGGAAGACUCCUACUAAUAUAUAUGGAGACGGCCACGAGGUUUGCCAUUGAUACACGUUUUCCGACAACUAUAAUGAUUGCAUAUAGGCCCAUCCGAUGCGACACGAUGAAAUCCACCCAGGUGGGCACGGCCGGGCUCCUCACUCAGGUAGUCAUGGUCCUAUUUAUUACAUCAUCCCUGGCGGGGUGAGUGUUAUAUUCCAAGACGAAUACGGGAAUGAAGUCGCAAGGUA